GCAUGGAAUAAAGGAAUAAACCACAUACCGUAAACAUAGGUUAAAUUGAGUGUAAGUUUGUAGGCUUAGGCUUGUUCAUAUUUGUACUCAAGUAUCAUAAAGACGAACAGUUAUUUUAUAAAUAAUAACAUAAAGAUAUAAAAUUUUUCAUUCAAUUUAAAAUAAAUCAUAGUAAGUAGUAAAAUAUGUCAAAAAGUGGAGUUGGUGGAAGAGGUAGAGGAUGGUUACAUUUAAAUAAAAAUCAAAAUGCAGCUCCAAACCCGGCACCGAUACAAGUAGCAGAUAACCCAAAAAAUAUUACUGUAAUUGGAGACGAGUCUAAAUUUACCGACGUAAAUGAACAUGAAUUCAAAGAUUUGAUCAGUAAAAUUAGGGAAAUUAAAGUUACCGAUGAUGGAAUAAAAUUUAAUCAAAAGAUCAAAUAUAUUUUAGAGAAUUGGAAACAAGAUUGUCAGAACAGUGAAGAAGUAGAGAGAAGCUUUGAUGCAUUGUAUCAAGGAUGUUUGAAUGAUGAAGAAUUAGCUUCUAAACUAGUAGUAAUGGUUUCUUCAAGAUCUUUUAUAUCACAAGAAGUUCACGAUCAAAAUAUACGUCUAAUAUUUUUGAAGAAAUUACAAAAUGAUUUUGAAGGGUGUAAAAUUGUGUCCAAGGCAAAUCCAACAGCAUUUAGAAACGGUGUGAGAAUGCUAGGAGAGUUUUUUCAUAAAGCUAGAUUAGUAAAUGGUCAACCUUUCACGUUUAUGCUGACACCAUUAUUAUCUUACCUUGAAAUGUUACUGGAAUCAGCACAUGCUCUAGAUCUGCAACAAUUUACAUUCCAGAUUUUUUUGAAUGGUGCUGCAAUUAAAACAGAAUAUUCUGAUAAGUUAGCUGAACUAUUUAAUAAAACUAGAAUGUUUCUUACAUCAGAUAAAAAAAUAUCGAAAGAAGGAAAAUUGUGGCUUCUAUUGUCACUGGAAAUAUAUAACAACAAAUUUGGGAUGUUGCCUAUUGAAGUAUUCAAAUUUUAUCAAGAACAACUUGGUGGAUCUGCAAUGGCUGGUUUUCAAGGUACACAACAUACAUUAAGUGUUCAAACUCCAGAAGAUAACAAAACUUUAGAAAACUACCAGAGUAAUGUUAACGUUCUACAGUUGUCAACCAAACCUGAUGUUACUACAGACCAAAGUAACUCUGCGGUAUCUUACUCUGACACAACAAACUCGAGUUGUUUUAUAUCAGAUUCAUCGAGUCAUAAUAAUUCAUCAAAUUCUAUUCAUCGAGAAAAAUCAAAAACCCAAAAUUCUGGUAGUAGCUCUACAAAAUGUGGUCGGCCCAUAUUAGGAGUGGGAGCGCGAUUGAACAAAAGUAAGUCCAAUGACUCGUCCAAUUGGAGAGAUAGAGACAAUACUACAAAUUCUAGUGGGUGGGGUAAAAAGUCAGGAUGGGGAGAUGGAGAUAAAAACUCAAAGGGCAAAAAGAAAGGAUGGGAACAUGACGACAGAUUCGAAAAUGAUUAUAGUUAAAAUAAUUUAUUUUAUCAUAAGAAAUCGAGGGUCAUUUGUAUUUUUAAAGCUGGUUGAAUAUUUAAUUUUAUUUUUAUUAAAUAACCAUUAUCCAUAAUAAUAGUUCCACAGUAAUUUUUUUUAUUGUUUGAUAUUUUUUUCCUUUUAUUUUAAUUGUAAAACUUCCAGUUUUCUUCCUAAUAUAUUUAAACUUAUUAUUUAAUAUUAAAAAAGUAUUCUACGGCUUUAAAAGUAUAUUUUAACAAAACAAUGACAGUUUGUAAUCUUUUGAUAAAAAAGCUAAUGAUCUAUAAUGUAUGUAAUUUAGGUUUGAAUUACAGGUUAGGUAAUUUUGUAUCACACUGUGAAAAACAAAUAUCUCGCAGAUAUGAACAUAAACUGAUAAAUGUCUAUUUAUUCCAUAAAGGUUUUUUUUCUGCAACUUUGUAGGUAUAUACAUGUGGUCCAGAAGUAUCUAUUGUUAGUGGUACGGGUACUGUUUUAUGAAUACUUUUUAAAUUGAUAAUAAGGCACACACGACCCUUAAAUAAGUUAAUUAAAAACUUUAUCCCUUCAAAUAACUGCCAAAUGAUUCGAUUAUGUUAUUUAUAUUUUGGGAGUAAUAAUAAAACAUGAUAAUCUAUUUCAGGUCACCAUCUACUUCUCCUUCUCCUACAGGGUAUUUUCUCAAAAAAAUUUGGAUGGAAAAAUCCAAAAAUUGAAUUAAUUAGAACAAUAAUCAUUGUUUUAAGAAAUUUCAGCUUUUAACACUUUUUUGGAAGCUUAUUUGAUUCAUGAUGAUGAUUAACGUUUUUUAAAAAAUAUUCACAUUACUGGUCGGUUUUGGAAUAUAUAUAUAUAUAUAUAUAUAUAUAUAUAU